AAGGAAGAAUACAAAUCAGGUCCCGGAAGUGGCGGGAAGGGAGGCUCGAGUCUCGUUCGUGGAGUUUGGCCGCUGCAUGUUGAGCGGACUGGAGCCGCAGCUAUGAGCACGUGCUCAGUCUCCAAGGGCUGCUUUGUGUUCAAGCCGGAUUCUAAGAAGGCGAAGGCAUCUUCAGCAGCUGUCUAUUUUAGUAAAGGCAAUACUGACUCAGAGGAUAGUGAGCUACGGUUUGAUACUUGUCAGUUGUUAUGGAAACAGAUUAAAUGUGAAACAGAGCAACUACAAGAGGACUUGAAUAAAAAAUUGUUUGAUAACCUCAUAUCAUUUUUGAGACAAUCUCAUUCAGACUUCCAAAAGAAGAAAACAAAAUGGGCUUGUCGAAUGAAGUCCAGUGAAAUUCCCACUGCAGCAGUUGUUCUAGGUGUCAAUGUUAUGGACCAUGAUUUGACAUUUAAAAGCCUCUCGGAAGUUCUUCAUGAUGAUGUUACUCCUUUUGUAGUGUCCCUGAGGUCCAAAGAAUGCCCAGGCAUAAAACAGCUUCUGCAAAAGCUGAUGAUUCAGCUGAUGGGCUGUCAUGUAGAUGUAGACUCAUCUGAAGAAGAAUAUUCCAAGCUUUCCUCAAAUAGGAUACGCUGCUCGGUGGCGUCUCUUAUUGAUUGGUAUAGGAACAUAACCAAGGAAACCGAUACCGAAUCUCCAUGCAGAAAAAGGAUGUUCUCUUCCAGACAUCUGGAAUCUCCUCCAGUUGUAGUUAUUUUCAAAGACUUGGAAAGUUUCACAACCAAAGUUCUGCAAGAUUUCAUAUUUAUUAGCAGUCAUUGUAUACAUGAAUUUCCACUGGUACUUAUUUUUGGAAUUGCCACCUCUCCAAUGAUCAUCCAUAAGCUACUUCCUCACACAGUUUCCUCUUCGUUAUGCAUAGAGCUCUUCCAGUCUCUUUCAUGCAAAGAGCAUUUGACUAAAGUAAUUGACAAGCUACUCCUGACAAGCCAGUUUCCAUUUAAACUUAGUGAGAAAGUUCUGCAGGUGCUAAUAAAUAUAUUUUUAUACCAUGAUUUCUCUGUUCAGAACUUCAUCAAGGGAUUUCAGCUCUCUCUUUUGGAGCAUUGUUAUUCCCACCCACUCAGUGUGCUGUGCUGUGAGCUCCAAGAAGCUAGGAAGAGAACAGAAAUGUUAUCACACAGUCAGUGUGAAAACAUUCGAAGACUGCCAUCUUUUAGAAGGUUUGUUGAAAACCAAGUAUCAAACAAGCAGACAGUUCUGCUGACAGAUGAUGAAUGUUUAAAGGAAACAACACAAGAACUGCUGCAAGACCUACAUACUUACCACGAAAAUUAUUUUCCAAUUCUGUGUUGUCUUCAUGCUUUCACAUCUUCUCUUCCCAAGUAUCCAUUAGGCAAACAAAUCAGAGAGUUAUAUUGCACAUGUUUGGAAAAGAAAGUGUGGGAAACAGAAGAAUAUGAGUCAGCUAUUCAGCUGGUGAGGAUGAUGGCCAAGGAUGAGUUGGUGGUGAUUCUUGAAAAAUGUGUGGAGAUUAUUACUUCCUCUCCUUCAGAACAACUUAAAAUCUCUUCUGAGAAACUGGAGCAGUACCUGGACCAAUUUAAGAAUCUUGAAGCAGAAGCCAAUGGUGGUCAAGAGGAACCCAUCUCCUCACUACAAGAACUUCAGAAGAAGACAGAUCUUUAUCACCUGCAAAAGACCCUGCUGGAGAUGAAGGAAUCAAGAAAGCUUAAGAAACUAACAAAAUUUGAAAUGCUUCGUUUUGAAGUGGUGGACUUUGUAGAUGGCCUUGUAAGAAAUUACCUUGCGCCUGCGGAGAUGCAGACAUUGCAUGAGGUGAUGUAUUUCAACGCAGCUAAUACCCUUCGUGAACAUUUGAAUGCUGCCCCACGUGUUGCUCUUCACACUGCUCUCAACAAUCCAUAUUUCUACCUGAAGAAUGAAUCCUUGAAAACUGAUGCAGGAUGCAUUUCUAAUGCGGCUCCCGAUAUCUGUAUAGCAUACAAGCUUCAUUUGGAGUGUGGUAGAUUAAUUAACCUUGUUGACUGGUUAGAGGCUUUUGCAACAGUUGUAAUUGCUGCAGAAAAUCCAGAUUCCAGUGUCAAGGACCAGAUAGAUGAUGCUAUCCAUGCUCGUUUCAUUAGAGCAGUCUCAGAAUUGGAACUCUUGGGAUUCAUAAAGCCUUCCAAGCAGAAAACUGAUCAUGUGGCAAGACUGACAUGGGGCAGCUGCUAGUAUACUUUCUACUGAGAGAAGGAAAUGCUUUGAACGAGAUUUUCUGUACACUGUGAACAACUGUGGUAGCACUUUCAUAAUGAGAAGUGCUGUUUUGCCACUAUAACAUUGACAAGAACAAGCUAAAUCCAUCCAUUUUAGAGAGAGAAUCCAGUUGAUGUUUGUGUUUAAGCAUUUUGACAUUUUUGUGCCUUUUCUGCAAUACAUGUAAAAUAAAACCGAACUCAUCAUCA